AUGAAUUCGACAAGUCAGAUUCACUUCCGAGUUUUACGCCGUAGGAAUCUCGCUUCAGCCACUCAGUCACAUCGUCAGUUCGGACUCCGCUCUAGCGGGAUACCUGGUCCCACUUCUGAUAAGAUCCGAACACCAUACCUGACUCGGAUCCCGAAGGACGGACAGCUUGUAAUAUCGUCAAAUGCUUCGCUGCGGAUGCAUAUUGUCCUCACCUUUUCCAUACUAUUUGGCCGUGAAUUGGAAACAUAUCUAAGUAUGAUCUGCAUUUCCGUGCUCCUCGCAAGUGCCAUCUUGUACACUUUUGCUCUUGGCCUUUACCGCCUCACACUUCAUCCCCUGGCAGGAUUCCCUGGACCAAAGCUCUCCGCCUUCACCGGGUGGUACGAGGCCUACAUUGACAUCUUCGGGGGGCCUCGAAACACUUUCGCCUACGAGAUCCAGCGUAUGCACGGCAAGUACGGGCCCAUCGUCCGCAUCAACCCGCAUGAGCUCCAUGUCAGCGAUCAUGACUUUUUUGACACCCUGUACGCUGGCGGAGGCUCUAAGCGUGAUAAGUACCCUCCCAGUGCCAGUGUCCAAGGGACGCCCGAUGGCAUCUUUGGCACGGUCGGCCAUGAUGCGCAUCGCAGGCGCCGUGGCGCCAUCUCAAGCUUCUUCUCCAAGAAGUCUGUAGCAAACAAUGAGUCUCUCAUACACAGCAAGAUGGAGCUCCUUUGUGAUGUUUUCGAGGCGGCCAUGCGCAAAGGCGAGGCUAUCAACAUUCGUGUACCUCUGCUGGCUUAUACGACCGACUUCUACUGUGCUCAUGCUCUGGGCGAUAAAGGGGAUAUGAACCUCUUGAAGGACAUGAGAAAGGCCCAAGUCUGGAGGGACAGCAUAGUCGGGCUGCUGCAUCUUACGCCGUUCGUGCGACAGUUUUCUUGGAUCGUGCCGCUCGUCAUUGAAUUGCCCAUGUGGCUUAUUAAGUUGGUCUCGACAGAUAUGGCCCUUGUGAUCCAAGUCCUCCGGGCAACAGAUGCCAUCCGAGAUUUUGAGCAGUCACCCGAUAUCAAGGGAGACCAGGUCAAUCUCAUGCAGGCUAUCCUCCUUUCAGACCUUCCACCGAGAGAGAAGACUCGCAAUCGGAUGGCGCAGGAGGCCUUUACCGUCUUGACGGCUUCUGGGGACACGAUCGCCAGAACGCUCACCACGGCGGUCUACCAUCUGGUCGCCAAUCCUCACCUCCUCGGCAGGCUUAGGGAGGAGCUGACGACCGUAAUGCCAGGCCCCAAAUAUGAGGUGAGGCUUCAACAGCUUGAAAACCUUACCUGCAAGACCCCUGUGGGUAUGACUCUUUCGGAUCUCAUGAUGGAUCCCAAUAUCUUCCCUGACCCAGAGACGUUUGAUCCCGAAAGAUGGCUCGAAUCGAGUCCACUUUACGCUCGGAAUGCCAGACACUUCGUUCCCUUUCAUCGGGGCCACAGAAGCUGCAUUGGAAUCAAUCUUGCAUGGGCAGAGAUGUACAUCGCUCUCGCGACGCUCCUCCGCCGAUUCGACUUUGAGCUGUACGAAGUUGUACGGGAAAGGGACAUUGACCACCACCGUGAUUGUUUCCUGGGAGAGCCACGAGACGACACCAAAGGUGUCAGGGUCAUGGUCUUAGGCAUAUUGCAGUGGGUGCGAUCGGGCCGUGUGGGCUGA